AUGGUUGUGGGAAGUACUUGCUGGCGUUGGAUCAGGCUAAGGCUUUUGACCGGGUUGAUCACGAGUACCUCUGGCAUCUCCUUGGCAGGUAUGGCCUGGAGGGAGAGGUUCAUUGGAUGGCUGCAGACACUGUAUAAAGGGGCUGAGAGCUUCAUGUUGGUCAAUGGUUGGGUUGGGCGGCCCCUUGGGGUUGGCUCAGGGGUGCGCCAGGGGUGUCCGCUGAGCCCUUUGCUUUAUGCCUUUGCCAUCAACCCCUUCGUCAGGAGGCUAGAUGGUGGGGUGUUGGGCGGGGUGUCGGGGGGCACUACUGGUGAGUCACCUUUGAGGCUCGUGGCCUAUGCUGAUGAUGUGUCUGUCUUCAUCUCUGGGACUAGUGAGGCACAGGAGGUGGUCUCAGUGAUGGAGCAGUAUGCGGAGGCAUCAGGCUCCAAGAUUAAUCACGACAAAUGUGAAGUUUUCUGGAUGGGCAGGGAAGGUGAGGGUUUUGAACUCCUGGAUGCCUUCCCAGAGCCCCGUCAGAAGAUCAAAGUGCUAGGCAUCGAAUUUGGACCUGAUGAUUACAGUAAAACAAAUUGGGAAUACAGGUUGUCGGAUGCCGAUGUGAAAGUGAGAUGCUGGAAGGGUUGGCGGUUGUCCCUAAGGGAAAGGGUCAACCUAAUUAAAACCUACUUGGUCCCCAUUUUCUUGUAG